AUGGAAGUUAGACCACGAGAUGGUCUCCAGAACAUCAAGCAGUUGGUGCCCCAGGAAGUCAAGACCAAGUUGAUCCAGCGUCUCGCAGGAACUUGGUUGCAGGAAAUCGAGGCAACAUCAUGCGCUGCAACUUGCAAAGUCAAGAAAGGUGUCCAGGUCUCAUUCCAUUUCCCCGUUCUCGCCCCGAACAUGAAAGGCUUGGUAAAUGCAAGGGCUGCCAGUGCCGAUGAGAUUGUGGUUUUUGAGUCCGUCACCGAGGCGUUCACACUUGCCUUUGGUAUUAAAGUCAGGAGUGUCAUUUCCUGUAUUUUCUCAGGCCCAUUCUCGGGACCUACGGUCCCUAAAGAUGUCAUGAAAGUAGUGCAACAAUUCAUCGACAUGGGAUGCUACGAGGCCGGACUUGGAGAUGCCCUUGGUAUUGGAACACUUAAGAACACACAGAGUUUACUUGAAGUCCUUCUCCAAGGCGUUCCUGCGGGUAGACUUGCCGGUCAUUUUCACACAUAUGGGCCAAGUCAUUAA